AUGCGUAGCUUUGAGAGAACUGCUGUUCAUGCCCACCACCGAAGGAAAUUAUCAAACAUUACACUGUAUUGCGGAAAAUGUGGGGCUUAUAUGGAACCUGCGCCCGGUAGCUGUCUCAGCAGCAGCCUGCUCGAAUUCCCAGACAGCCCUCAGCUGGACUCCUUGGGACCUCGGGCAAAGGCACGAAUCCCUUCUUCACCUCGAGAGCGAAUCCCUUCUUCACCUGGAGAGCGGCCGCCUCGCCCUGCCACCUCACCUCUCCGCCUGCGGCUGUGGCACUGUCGCUCCCUCCGGAGCAGCUCUGCCCUCACCCCGGACAGUGCCUUAGCUGGACCAGUUGUUGAUCCACAUGUGACAGCAGUUUGGGGGAAGAAGGUUGCACUGAAAUGCAUAAUUGAUGUAAAUGAAACAAUAACACAAGUUUCUUGGGAGAAGAUACAUGGUAAAAGUUCACAGACUAUUGCUGUUCAUCAUCCUGAAUACGGAAUAUCUGUUCAAGGAGAAUACCAAGGAAGAGUGUCAUUUAAAAACUACUCACUCACUGAUGCCACAAUAAUAUUAAAAAAUGUAAGCUUUUCUGAUGCAGGAGAAUAUAUUUGCAAGGCAGUUACAUUCCCACUUGGAAAUACACAAUCAUCAACAACUGUAACAGUACUAGUUGAACCUGUUGUGAGCUUAACAAAAGGACCAAACCCUCUAAUAGAUGGUUCAAAUCGGACAAUAGCAGCCACUUGUACAGCAGCCACUGGCAAACCUGCUGCAGAGAUUGACUGGGAAGGAGGUCUUGGUGAAAUGGAAUCCAGCUCUACUUUGUUUCCAAAUGAAACAGUGACAGUUGUAAGUCAGUAUAUGAUUGUCCCUACGCGAUUUGCAAGAGGAAGACGUAUAACUUGCAUUGUGAGGCACCCUGCUUUGGAAAAGGAGAUAAGAUAUGCUCAUGUAUUGGACAUACAGUAUGCCCCAGAAGUUUCAGUAACUGGCUAUGAUGGAAACUGGUUCAUUGGAAGAGAGAACGUUCAGCUCAGGUGUAAUGCUGAUGCAAAUCCAUUACCUAUGGAAUUUAUGUGGACCAGGUUGGAUGGACAAUGGCCCGAAGGAUUGCUGUCGGUCAACAAUACUCUGCAGUUCAGCAGCCCAUUGACUUACAACUACACUGGGACUUACAUCUGUAAGGUGACUAAUUCCCUUGGUCAGAGAAGUGAUCAGAAGACUAUCUACAUAUUAGAUCCUCCUACUACUACCACUCGACUGCCCACGGUUCCCUGGCAUCCUUCGACUGAUGGCAUCACAGGUUUAGCAACAGAACCUAGAAUAAUAGAUUUCCCAACAUCAACCUUGCCAGCAAUGCAGGAAGACACUUGGGGUACCAUCAUCGGUAGUGCGGUGGGUGGGGCUCUCUUCCUCAUACUUGUCAGUGUUCUGGUUGGAAUUAUCUGCUAUAGGAGAAGACGGACGUUCCGUGGUGACUACUUUGCUAAGAACUACAUUCCACCGUCAGAUAUGCAAAAAGAGUCUCAAAUAGAUGUUCUUCAGUCAGCUGAUGUGGAUUCUUAUCCUGACAGUAUAAAAAAAGAAAUAAAGCAUCCAAUGAACAGCUUAAUAUCUAAAGAUUAUUUAGAAGACCCUGAAAAACCAGAGUGGAACAAUAUAGACAAUAUUAACAGGUACCAGGAACGUUAUGAGAGACCAAUGGAUUACUAUGAAGGUGGAACAUUGGGAAUGAAGUAUAUGGGUGGUGAAUGUUACGAUGACAAUGAAGAAGACUUUGUUUCUCACAUAGAUGGCUCGGUAAUAUCUCGGAGGGAGUGGUAUGUGUAG